AAAGUGGAAAAAGAGAAAAAGAGGAAGAAAAAGAUCUCCCGCGUGUUCGCUCCACUCUCGCUGCGAUAUCGUUUCAUUCAGUGCCAGCAAAGCAAGAAGGGAAGAGAGCUCGGACGGAGUGAAGAAGAAAGUUGGAGAUGUCUUUGAUUCUUAGCCGGUGGGGCAGUGGUGUUGUGAAUUCUUGCAGAAUCUCCAGCUACAAACGCGACCAGAGAAAUGGUCAUGGAAAAUAUAAGGUGUCUGUUAAAAUGAUCAAGAAAUGUUCCACAUCUAAGGAUCUUACAGAAGAUGUUCCAGCACCUUUGGAGACCAAUAGAAGUAGUGGGCUACAAGUUAAGGGUUUGGUAAAUGCCAUUGCAGUGGCAAAUUUGGUUGCAAUAGAUACGGCAAAUGCUCUCUCGAUGAACUUAAUGGACAGAGCAGCAUCCAUUUCCACUUUGGCUGACAUGGGUCUGGGAGAUUGGUUUGGAGGUUUCUUAUAUUCAGCUGGACAACAAGCUAAUGAAGCUGUUCAGGACCAGUUGUCAACUCUCAGCUUCACUAGUUUAGCAGUUAUUUUUGGAGCAGGGCUUGUAACUAGUCUAUCCCCUUGUACACUAAGCGUUUUGCCAUUGACCCUUGGCUACAUUGGAGCGUUUGGUUCUGGGAAAAAUAGAGCUAAGAUAAUUGGGGAUUCAGUUGCUUUCUCAUUGGGCUUGGCAACAACAUUAGCAAUCCUAGGCAUAGCUGCUUCAUUUGCCGGCAAGGCUUAUGGACAAAUUGGGCAAGGAUUACCAGUAGCUGCUUCAGGCUUGGCUAUUGUUAUGGGUUUAAAUCUUCUGGAGAUAAUUGAACUACAACUUCCUUCAUUUUUUAACAAUUUUGACUCCCGUGCUGCUGCAGCUAACUUUCCUUCAAGUGUGCAAGCAUAUUUGGCUGGGCUUACAUUUGCAUUAGCUGCUUCACCUUGCAGUACACCUGUAUUGGCCACUCUGCUUGGGUAUGUGGCAGCAUCCAAGGACCCAGUUAUUGGGGGAACCCUACUUCUGACAUACACGACAGGCUAUGUUGCUCCUCUUCUUCUUGCUGCUUCUUUUGCAGGUGCAUUGCAGAGCCUGCUUUCAUUUCGCAAAUUCUCAGCAUGGAUUAACCCAGUGAGUGGUGCUCUCCUUUUGGGUGGAGGCGUGUAUACUCUGUUGGAUAGGUUGUUUCCCCCUGCUACAAUGGUAAUGUAGCUUACAGUGAACUGGAAGCAGUGGUAAUAUAUUAGCAUUGGUUGGGAAGAAAUUAUCUCUACCAGGUCCCAUCUCUCUCUCUCUCUCUCUCUCAAAAUUAGAGCUGACAAUGGGUCGGGUCUACCAGAUAGAACCGAACCAGUUAUAUUGGUUCUGGUUCUGAGUUUUAGGUUCCAACUAUAAUUGGGUUGGACCAGUUUUUGUUGUUCUGAACUGAUUAUGUAAUUAAGAAUAUAAAGGUCUCCUGGUUUUCUUGUAUUUUACGUCUAAAAGGGUAAAUUUCAUAGACACUAUAUUAGAUAA